GCCCAACAAAUGUUGAAAAUAAUGACUAUGAUUGAUUAUAUACGUAGUAUAUAUAGGCCAGGCUCUACAUUUUUUGAAUGUGCAUCAACGGUGUAAGCCUUUAAUGUUUAGUGCACUUGAAUAAAAUUAAGAAAAUACUAGUAUAUGUGACACAAAUGAUUAGUAGUUCAAUUUUUUCAAAUAUGCCUAAACCUUUCCUCUCCAUCUCAUUGAAACCAACUGCUUCCCAGCUCCGGAUAGCGAAAAGCUCUCAGCUUCUUCUACCCUUCAUCUUCCUCUCCAUCAUAGCCAUGAACAGUAGCAGUGCUUUAACAGCACCACCGUCUCCGACCGUCGAUGUUGUGGGAACAAACCCGUUGGUCGCAUUUUUGGAGAAGGUGCAAGAAGCUGCUCUUCGGGCAUUCGGAUCCGACAGGUUUGACCCGAAGACAUACGUGGAUAUGUCGUUGAAGCAAAACCUCUCGGUGACCCAAACGGCGUUUGACAAGCUUCGAAAUGAUGGGAACGGGUCCAUUCCCAAAGCAGAGCUGGAGAAGUUUAUUUCGGAUCAUUUGGUGGGUCCGGGUCGUGAUUUGGUAAUCGCCCACCCGGUGGACUUUGUGGAUAAACCGGAGGGAUUCUUGCCGAAAGUACACAACCCGGAGGUGCGAAAUUGGGCGAUGGAGAUCCAUAAAAUAUGGAGGAAUUUGAGCAGGAAAGUGGCGGAUGAAGUCAAGGAGAGGCCCGAUUUGCACACGCUGCUGCCGUUGAAGAACCCGGUUAUCAUUCCCGGGUCACGGUUUAAAGAGGUUUAUUAUUGGGAUUCUUACUGGGUGAUCAGGGGCUUGUUAGUUAGCAAAAUGUAUGAAACUGCAACGGGAAUUGUUUAUAAUCUCCUGUCUCUCCUUGAUCAAUUUGGUUUUGUUCUUAAUGGUGCACGGGCAUACUAUACGAAUAGGAGGCAACCUCCUCUUUUGAGUUCAAUGGUUGUUGAUAUAUACAACCACACCGGUGACAUUUCCCUGGUAAAGAAAUCUCUUCCUCUGCUGCUUAGGGAGCAUAAGUUUUGGAACUCAGGUAUGCAUAAAGUGAGCAUUCAAGAUCCUCAAGGAGUCAUUCACACCUUAAGCCGUUACUAUGCAAAGUGGAAUGAACCCAGACCAGAAUCAUCAACUAUUGACAAGGAAACAGCUUCCAAACUGUCAGAUAAGAAUGAGAAAAACCACUUGUAUCGUGAAAUCGCAACAACAGCUGAAUCUGGAUGGGAUUUCACCUCACGGUUUAUGAGGAAUGGAUCUGAUCUCACAACACUUGCCACAACGUCAAUUCUGCCAGUGGAUCUUAACGCAUUCAUUCUCAAGAUGGAACUUGAUAUUGGCUUUCUAGCUGGUGUUCUUGGAAAAAAAGAUUUGGUUGAAUUUUUUUAUAAAGCUUCAAAUGCUAGAAAGGAUUCAAUUAACUCCAUUUUCUGGAAUGAGGAAGUGGGGCAGUGGUGUGAUUACUGGCUCAACAACAACAAUAUUAUAUCUGAGGGUGUUGAUAAGUGGGAUUCACUUAACCAGAACAAAGGGCCAUUUGCUUCAAACUUCAUUCCUUUGUGGAUUGAUUUGUUUAAUAAAGAUCAUAAUACAGUGAAGAAGGUAAUCAAGAGCUUUAGAGCAUCAGGGCUACUUUGUCCAGCAGGAAUUGCAACCACAUUGUACAAGACAGGACAACAAUGGGACUUCCCUAAUGGCUGGGCACCUUUGCAGCAUAUGAUAGUGGAAGGUCUUCUCAAGUCAGGAACGCAUGAUGGGGAGUCAUUAGCUAAGGAUAUUGCGACGAGAUGGUUAAGAACUAACUACGCUGUCUAUAAUAAAACUGGCGCAAUGUAUGAGAAGUAUGACGUUGAAAAAUGUGGUGAAUAUGGAGGAGGUGGUGAAUAUGUGUCCCAGACGGGUUUUGGAUGGUCUAAUGGAGUUGUAUUGGCAUUCUUGGAGGAGUUUGGAUGGCCUGCAGACUGUAAAAUGGAUUGCCAGGAAUGAGUUAAGCCACAACUGACAUGCAUACUUGAGCAUUCAAACUAUUUCUGUUAUCAACUUAUAUUAUACUACAUUCAAACUAUUUGUUGUUUUUAAAUACACACUAUUUACAUUUUUCAAUUUGAUUGUCUUAUAUCGUAGUGCUUAAUGUAUCAAACCUAAUCCAGUUAUGAUCUACAAGGGAAGGACAAAUAUAUUGUUCCAUGAAAUUUUUUGUUUCACAUGGUCUGAAUCCGGUAUGUGUGCUUCAUUUUAAAUAUUU